AUGGGCCUGACUAAAGAGAGAGACCAGCUACUGACCAGUUACAACACCCUGACUAAAGAGAGAGACAACCUACAGACCAGUUACAACACCAUCACUAAAGAGAGAGACCAGCUACAGACUGAGAGAGAUUUUCUUAACUGGAGGCUUACCAAUCUCAGCUGGCAGAAGUUUGAAUCCAGCUGGUACUUCCUGUCUACUGAGUCUAAAACCUGGAAGGAGAGCAGACAGGACUGUCUGAAGAGAGGAGCAGACCUGGUGAUCAUAAACAGUGAUAAGGAACAGACUUUUCUCUUCAACCUCAAGAAGAGAGUCUGGAUUGGUCUGACUGACUCUGUUAAGGAGGGGACCUGGAAAUGGGUGGACGGCACCCCACUGACCACAAGGUACUGGAAUGACAAGCAGCCUGAUAGUAAAGAUCCUACUGGGGAGGAGGACUGUGUUGAGAUACAUACAGAUUGGACUCCACUUAAGGCAUGGAAUGACAUGUCAUGUGACAGGAAACUCAACUGGAUUUGUGAGAAAGUGUUUUAACAUCACCAUGACAACGUACUAUAACACAUACAGCAGUUUAUAGUGUACACAACUUUAUUCUUCAUUCUCUCUCUCACACACACACACACACACACUCUCUCUAUCACACUUACACACAUUUUCACACACACACGCACACACACAUACAUGCAGGUAUACACACGCAUUCAAAUGCACCUAUUGUUUUAUUAGUUUGUUGUAUCAUAUUAAUAAAAGUCCUACUUAUUU